UGCUACUCGUUUUCUACGCGCUCUUAGCGCUCCUGACGCUAAAUAGAGUGGCACCCAGCACAGCAGUGUUUGGCCUCCAAAGGAUAAAUGAUAGAGUCAAAGGCUUUAUUAACAAUCUACAAAUACCUGCGAUUCAAAACUCUUUGGAAUUUAAACUUGGUGGAUCGGCACAUUUAGACCCUAAAGAAGCGUUAAAUCAAUGGGGCAUUAAUCAACUGCAAUCAAAUCAACAACUCGGGAUAAACCCUUCGAUAAUCCAAAUUAACUCCAAACUGACCCAGCUCAACCAAGCAAAUCUAGAGGGCUCGCAACCAGGAUAUGUGCUCCAUGGUCAAUCAAACCAGACUAUUAAUGCUGGUAUUGAGUUUCAGCCAAACCUGCUUAUAAAAAACCUUCCCUCUUCCCAGUCACAGUUAACUCCAGCGCAGUUACAAGCAAGUUUUAAGUUAAAAGGACUAUUGCAGUUAAAAGGACAAGGGGAAGAUAAGCACAAGCUCAAAACCAAGCGCGAUUACAAGUGUGGAUACAAGGUCAAUCUCAACCACAGGCACAAGCACAAGCUGAAAACCAAGCUCAUUUGCAAGCCUUGGUACAAGGUCAAUCUCCCUCUACAAGGACAAUGGCUGACACAAGCACAAGCCCAGGCGCAAGCAGAAACAGAAGCCCAAGCACAAGCUGAAAAUCAAGCGCAGUUACAAGCGUUGGUUCAAGCUCAAAUUCAACCACAGGGUCAAGCACAAUUAGAAUCCCAAGCGCAAGCACAAGCUCAAGCACAAGCAGAAGCGCAAGCAAAAGCUCAAGCACAAGCUGAAGCACAAUUGCAAGCUCAACUACAGGCUCAAGCAGAAGGGCAAUUGCAGUCCCAAGCGGAAGCACAAACGCAAGCACAACAAGAAGCUCAGUUACAAGCACAAGCUCAAAACCAAGCGCGAUUACAAGUGCGGAUACAAGGUCAAUCUCAAUCACAGGCACAAGCACAAGCUGAAAACCAAGCUCAUUUGCAAGUGUUGGUACAAGGUCAAUCUCAACCAGCACAAUUAGAAUCCCAUGCGCAUUUACAAUUGCAAACGGGAUCGGAAGCGCAAUCACAAGCUCAAUCACAAGCUGAAGCACAAUUGCAAGCUCAACUACAGGCUCAAGCAGAAGGGCAAUUGCAGUCCCAAGCGGAAGCACAAACGCAAGCACAACAAGAAGCACAGUUACAAGCACAAGCUCAAAACCAAGCGCGAUUACAAGUGUGGAUACAAGGUCAAUCUCAACCACAGGCACAAGCACAAGCUGAAAACCAAGCUCAUUUGCAAGUGUUGGUACAAGGUCAAUCUCAACCAGCACAAUUAGAAUCCCAUGCGCAUUUACAAUUGCAAACGGGAUCGGAAGCGCAAGCACAAGCUCAAGCACAAUCUAAAGCACAAUUGCAAGCUCAACUACAGGCUCAAGGAGAAGCGCAAUUGCAGUCGCAAGCGGAAGCACAAACGCAAGCACAACAAGAAGCUCAGUUACAAGCACAAGCUCAAAACCAAGCGCGAUUACAAGUGUGGAUACAAGGUCAAUCUCAACCACAGGCACAAGCACAAGCUGAAAACCAAGCUCAUUUGCAAGUGUUGGUACAAGGUCAAUCUCAACCAGCACAAUUAGAGUCCCAUGCGCAUUUACAAUUGCAAACGGGAUCGGAAGCGCAAGCACAAGCUCAAGCACAAGCUGAAGCACAAUUGCAAGCUCAACUACAGGCUCAAGCAGAAGGGCAAUUGCAGUCCCAAGCGGAAGCACAAACGCAAGCACAACAAGAAGCUCAGUUACAAGCACAAGCUCAAAACCAAGCGCGAUUACAAGUGUGGAUACAAGGUCAAUCUCAACCACAGGCACAAGCACAAGCUGAAAACCAAGCUCAUUUGCAAGCGUUGGUACAAGGUCAAUCUCAACCAACACAAUUAGAAUCCCAUGCGCAUUUACAAUUGCAAACGGGAUCGGAAGCGCAAGCACAAGCUCAAUCACAAGCUGAAGCACAAUUGCAAGCUCAACUACAGGCUCAAGCAGAAGGGCAAUUGCAGUCCCAAGCGGAAGCACAAACGCAAGCGCGAUUACAAGUGUGGCUACAAGGUCAAUCUCAACCACAGGCACAAGCACAAGCUGAAAACCAAGCUCAUUUGCAAGCGUUGGUACAAGGUCAAUCUCAACCAGCACAAUUAGAAUCCCAUGCGCAUUUACAUUUGCAAACGGGAUCGGAAGCGCAAGCUCAGGCGGAAUUACAAGCUCAAGCGCAAGCUCAAGCUCAAGCUCAAGCGCAAGUUCAAUCGCAACAAAAGACUCAAUCAUUUGCUGAAGCUUCUGGUCAAUCGUAUAUAUACGGUAAUCUUCAGAAAGGACAGGAAAGACCUUUAGUGGUAUCUUCCAACCCGGGAAUUGGAAACCUCGAUUUAGGUUAUAGUAUCUACAAUAAUGAACACCCGCUAUACUUAUCGCAAGCGGACAUUGAAGCUGACUCCAAGCUGCAGACGGCGAACUUGAUCCAGAAAUAUGGUUACCCAUCAGAAACCCAUUUUGCUCAUACAGCCGAUGGCUACAAGCUCGGCUUGCAUCGAAUUCCGCGAUCCGGAGCUACACCCGUUCUGUUGGUCCACGGCCUAAUGUCCAGCUCGGCCUCCUGGGUGCAGUUCGGUCCUGCCAGUGGCCUGGCUUACAUCCUUUUCCGAAAGGGCUACGAUGUCUGGAUGCUUAACACAAGGGGUAACGUGUACUCGCAAGAGCGCGGAAAUGGUCGCCAGAGCGAUAGGGAUUUCUGGGACUUUUCGUUCCACGAGAUCGGCCAGUUCGAUUUACCCGCCGCCAUCGAUUUGAUCCUGCAGCAGACCAACAUGCCAAGCAUCCAAUAUAUCGGACACUCCCAGGGCUCCACCGUUUUCUUCGUAAUGUGCAGUGAAAGACCCGAUUAUGCCCCUAAGGUGCGGCUCAUGCAGUCCCUCUCGCCAACGGUCUAUUUGCAAGGAUCCCUCAGUCCAGUACUCAAGUUUAUGGGCCUUUUUAAGGGUGGCUUCACUAUGCUGAUGAAUCUUCUAGGCGGUUACAAGGUCUCUCUAAACACCAGACUCAUCCAACAGUUCCGCCGGCACAUCUGCUCCGCCUCCCGAUUGACCAGUCGCAUCUGUGCUAUCUUUGAAUUUGUGGUCUGCGGCUUCAACUGGCAGAGCUUUAAUGAGACCCUUACCCCCAUUUUGGAGGGUCACUCCUCGCAGGGCAGCUCCGCCAGGCAGAUCUACCACUUCGCCCAGUUGCAGGGCAAAAAUGUGUUCCAUCGAUACGACUACGGCCGCCUCCUGAAUCGCUUGCGCUACCAAUCCUGGUUCCCGCCCCUCUACAAUCUCACACGGGCGACCAGCAAGGUGGUUCUCCACCACGGCGGAGGUGACUGGCUGGGAUCGGAGGCGGAUGUGAACCGGCUGCAGGCGCAGCUGCCCAACUGCAUCGAAAACCGGAAGGUGGGCUACGAUGGCUUUGCCCACUUUGACUUUACAAUCUCCAAGGACGUUCGACCACUCCUCUACGAUCGCGUCCUUGAGCUUUGCAUUUUAUACCGCUAGAUUUGUGAAAGGCCAACACAUUUUGCAGAAGAAAUAUUAACAAAGCAACAAACGAUUGGCUUUGGAUUUGGAUUGGACUUAUCAAACAAAUUUUGAUAAAUAAUAAAAAAAACCCAAACUAUUGGUUGUCUUAAAUUAAAAAGUAUUUAUGUUC